UUUAGCGAGCACCGGCGCCCGGAAGGUCAGUGUGUGAAGGAGCCGGUGGUACGCGGGUCUCCCCGCUGUUACCGAGGAGCGACGGCCGAGCAGACUAUCUCGGCCUGAGGCGGCGGGGAGAAGCAGACGGGCAGUUUGCUGCGACACCAUGGAGGGCGGCGGGGGUAGUGGCAACAAAACCACUGGGGGGUUGGCCGGCUUUUUCGGAGCCGGCGGAGCAGGCUACUCGCACGCGGAUUUGGCUGGAGUCCCGCUAACUGGUAUGAACCCUCUGUCUCCUUAUUUAAAUGUGGAUCCACGGUAUCUCGUACAGGAUACAGAUGAGUUUAUUUUACCAACUGGAGCUAAUAAAACCCGGGGCAGAUUUGAACUGGCCUUCUUUACCAUUGGAGGAUGUUGUAUGACAGGGGCUGCAUUUGGGGCAAUGAAUGGUCUACGGCUAGGAUUGAAGGAAACCCAGAACAUGGCCUGGUCCAAACCAAGAAACGUACAGAUCUUGAACAUGGUGACUAGGCAAGGGGCACUUUGGGCUAAUACCCUAGGUUCUCUGGCUUUGCUUUAUAGUGCAUUUGGUGUCAUCAUUGAGAAAACAAGAGGCGCAGAAGAUGACCUUAACACAGUAGCAGCUGGAACCAUGACAGGCAUGUUGUAUAAAUGUACAGGUGGUCUUCGAGGGGCAGCACGAGGUGGUCUAGCAGGACUAACGCUUACAAGCCUCUAUGCUCUAUAUAAUAACUGGGAGCACAUGAAAGGCUCUGUGCUCCAACAAUCACUCUGAAGAUUCUGCUCGUUUACAAACGGAGGACACUUUAGUAGUCACCCUGAUCAAUUUAUAAGUCAGUCUGGAGGCAUUUACUCUUUUAUGUACAACUCAUUUGAAAAACUAGAGAUUCCAGCUUGCUGUGAUGAAGAUCAUGGAUGGUUGACCAGGACUGGCACUCCUUCCAGCCAUUAGUGAGUUGAAGACAAAACACCCUGUGGCGGCUGAGUAAUGUGGUUCUCAUAAGAAGAUCUCGCACCUGUUUUUGCUCCUACCCACUUCUGGAAAACCACCUAAUCCCAGAAUUCAGGUGUGCUUGUCAAUAUUGUAUCAGCCACAUUUGUUCAUUUAAUGAUCCAAGACUGUAAUAUUGCUCUGUAUUCCCAAUAAAGGGUGAAAAUAGAA